CUCUCCUCGUUUCUCCACCAACGCUGCUUCAGUGCUCGGGUGACUGUCCCCGCGAUUUCUUAUAUCUCCCAAUCACAGUCAUCUAUGCGUGAUAAUUCGAACUGAAAAUACCAUGCCAUGUUAUGGCUCACGCUCGAUCAUAAGAGCCAUGUCCUCCAGUGUGUCACGGAUCGCAUUCUUGUAGCUGAGCAACGAUGAUCAAGGCUAUAUUUUAUGCGCGCUUCCAUCAUGAGAGAGGCAACAUAAUUGCUCACCAAGUCCCACCUGGUUCCAUCGCGGCACCGGCGGCAGCAUCAUGGAGCGAAAAAUUACCUGCGCAUGCCUCUAGUGACGAAUACCCACUCUUCGACUUCUCAGCCGUCGACAAGUUCCUGAUUCCGCGACAGGAGUUCUGCGACCGCUUAGUCACCAUAUGUACGAAUCACUACAGGAUCAUAGGACAUCCUGUGUGCAUACAGAGCCCGAAGUAUUACCGCAAUGAGUUUAUCUUCAACCUAGCGAUUGUGCUCGAUGAGGAUGCCGAAUUCUCGGCAUACACCAGCAUCGUGCGCAAGCUCGCGCGCAUCUUGAGACAGCUGGAGGAGCAAAGCCAGUUUCUUAGCAAAGAGGAGGAGGAUGCAAUUGUGGAUAUGGGUGGGAGUAUAGGCAGUCUUGGAAAGGCCUCUGCGAUCGGGACUAUGGAAGAGAGUGGUGAGCUGGAAAAACUUCCACUUCUAGACGAGCUGAGUGCAGGGGAGCAAGAGAUGACGGGGAGUGGGCUUUCAGAAGCGUAUGAGAAGGAGCAAGAGAAAAAAGUUUACGCACUCUGCGAAAUGAUAAUGGAAGACUUAAACAAUUAUUGCGAGUGCAUGAUACCAAUAGAUUCUUCUAAUACAAUCAACCUCAAGCUCUUUCCCACUCGCCCUACACCAGCACCUGUCUACGCAUGGCAUGUCCCUCUAUCGACGGUUGAGCUCAGUACUAUAGCUCAGUCAUCGGAUCUGACCCUCACACGCAUCAUACCAUACAUAGACGGCGUAGCGAGCGUGUCGCAAAUCUCGCAAUUAGCAGACACAGACCUCGGUCUUACAAGGAAAGCUAUCCAGCAUCUUCUCUACUACGGCUGCGUCCUGCUUCUCGACAUUUUCCAGUUCGGCGCGGUAUACGCACCAACGCCGGAGAUGAGUGCCUUCAUCGAAGACGACGAGGCUCAAGAGGAGGCUGUUCGAUACGUUUGCAUGGGAACCUAUCGGAAACUGAAAGAGAAUGAGAUGACCGGUUCUGGAGGGAAGGAAGAAUGGGGGUGGCGGAGCCAGGAAAUCGGCGUCGACAAGGCGAAACUAGUGCAUCUGUACACGACACUCAAGCAGGGUCAGACGCUCAAGCAUUGGUGUCUGGAAAACGCAGUUUUGAUCUCAGGCAUCGAUGUGAGACGGUUCAUCACCUUCGGCAUCAUCAAGGGCUUUCUCUACCGCGUUCACAAAUACGUGAUUGCACCAAGUGUCGUCGGAGGCAGUCUUACGUCUCUGUCCCAGCACACAAACAAGCGUGUUGACUUCGCCAACCAUAACGGCCAUCUCCACGACGUCGAAAACGAAGUUGUGGAUCGUCGCUACAGCGUGGGCAUGCACAGAGAACCAGACGUACGACACUCCGUGGGUGGCUUCUACAGCAGAAGACCAAGCAUCGAUGGUGAGAUGGGUGAUGUCUCACAGCAGAAGGAAGACAGACUACCUUUAGCCAGAUAUCUGGACGGUCUGCACUGUUUGGACGAGGUAUGCACGGAGCUCGGCAUGAGUGAGAAGAGAGUGUUGGAGAAGAUGAAGGCUGCAUUUGGUGAGGUGUAUGUGGUACAUCGGUGAAUUCCCACGCCGCUGAGCAUACCCGAAUUUCUGGGGACAAGCUGCUCUCGUUCUUUGGCAGGGGUUUCACAUGAAGACGCUGCCUUGGGCAAUUGUAUAGAGCUCAUGCCAUGUGUUUCAUAUUGUGUAGCCAUGGCGCUUCUAUUCUGAUCUGAAGCGAGCCGUAAGGGCUUUAAGUCCAAGCCAUUGCAUGAGGAGAGCGACGAAGCCAUCGGUGUGGGGGAGAGCAGCAAUCGCAUUGCUAUCGGUUUGGAUAUUGCGACCGUAAGAAGCACGUUGCAGAAGCGAAAAAAAAAAGUCAUGACGGCAACGAAGAUUCAACAAGACAAAGAACAAUGGUCUAGUUGCCUCGGUGACGAGAAGACCCCCUGACCGAGCGUACGUUUGGUUGGACUGUUGUUCUGCCUGUCGUGGCCAAAAACCAAGAAGCAAAUGAAGGAGAGCUCUUUUACUUCUACGUGAGGACAGAGAAGAUGCCCGAGAUGAUGUGAAGAGAACGAAAGCAACGUUGACGAGAAUUAUAAUGUAAUUUCUGAACCUCUCUAUCCAAGAGCCCCAAUGUUUGUUCCGAAAACCAAACCUGCGCGCACCCUUCACCGAAAAACGAAAUAAAUAAAUAAAUAAAUAAAAAAG